AUGAGCACCCAUCGCGUCCCAAUAGCAUCUCAGCGUGUGGACGCCCCUCUCACACAAUCAGCUACAUUUCUUGUUCUCUCCGUGGCCAACAAUCCCGACGCCAUUGAAACUGUGCGCUCUACACUAGCAGGAGUAGACAGCCUAGCCAAAAAUGUAUCCAUCCGUGACCUCAGCGCCCAAUUUGCGUGCACCGUCGGCAUUGGAAGUGACAUUUGGGAUCGCCUCACGGGUCUUCCUCGACCCUCAGAGCUGCGCCCUUUCCGCGAGGUCAAAGGCGAAAAACACACGGCGGUCUCGACUGCCGGUGAUCUGCUUUUCCACAUUCGCUCCGAGCGCAGAGAUAUCUGCUUUGAAUUUGAGCGUCAGUUGAUGGAUCAACUGGGUGACUCGGUCUCUGUCGUCGAUGAGACGGUCGGUUUUCGAUACUUCGAUGUCCGGGAUCUACUUGGCUUUGUGGAUGGGACGGCUAAUCCCGUUGGGUUGGCGGUUCCGGCCUCCGUGUUGGUUGCAGAGGAAGAUGCUUCCGCCUCAGGUGGCAGCUAUAUCGUUGUACAGAAGUACACUCAUGAUCUACCCGGGUGGAAGGAUCUGUCCACGGAACAGCAGGAGAGGAUUAUCGGUCGCACCAAGAUAGAUAACGUUGAGCUGGAUGAUGCGAAGUCUGGACAGCGCUCUCACAAGACACUCAACACCAUUGAAGAUGAGGAUGGGAAUGAGCAUGAUAUUCUUCGCGAUAAUAUGCCAUUUGGAUCUCCUGGUGCUGGCGAAUUUGGGACGUACUUUAUCGGCUAUACUCGUCGUCUCUGGGUUAUUGAAAGAAUGUUGGAGCGUAUGUUUAUUGGGGAUCCGCCUGGUCUGCAUGAUCGCAUCCUUGAUUUCUCAAAGCCGCUUACUGGGACGACAUUCUUUGCUCCGUCGGCUAGUUUAUUGGCUAGUUUGGGAUCUGACUGA